GGGAGCUUCGCGCCGAGUCCCCGGGGAGCAGCGGCGGCGGCAGCGUGUCUCGGCCGGAAAGAGCGAGCACCUGCUGCGGCCCGCCCGGCGGCGCUCGGUGAUUGCGCCGCCCGUGCACUGCCGCCGAGCCUGCCAGCUCGGGCCCCCCAUCUCUGUCUCUUGCGGAGCCUCCCGAGGAACACCUGCUGCUGCUUGCUGUUUGGCCCGGGGCGGGGACACGGUCGCGGACGUCCUUGCGGAGGAGGACUUACGGGCCUGGUGGGCUGUGUUUUGAAUCACGUCGUCACAGAGCUUGGAGCCUGGAGCCUGGAACGCUGGUGGACAGAGUGCAAGGGUGUGAGGCUCUGGGUGCUCUGGGAUGGAGCAGGUGUGCAGAGGGUGAGGACCCAGUUCUGGGACCACGUCGCUUGUUUCCCUUCUUGGAGAGACUUACCUGCCUGAACAGACUUGAGCCGGGGAUGAGGAUGUCUGUGGGCCCGGCGCUGUUGCUUCCCCUCUGGGGGAGGACCUUUCUCCUUCUGUUGUCCGUGGCCGUGACUCAGUCCCACUGGCCCAGUGAACCCUCGGAGGCCGUCAGGGACUGGGAGAACCAGCUCGAGGCGUCCAUGCACUCAGUACUCUCAGACCUGCACGAGGCUGUUCCCACGGUGGUUGGCAUUCCUGAUGGCACGGCCGUCGUUGGACGCUCAUUUCGAGUGACCAUUCCAACAGAUUUAAUUGCCUCCAAUGGAGAAGUCAUCAAGGUAUCAGCCGCGGGGAAGGAGGCCUUACCGUCCUGGCUGCACUGGGACCCGCAGAGCCACACCCUGGAGGGUCUCCCCCUCGACACCGAUAAGGGGGUGCAUUACAUUUCAGUCAGCGCUGCACGACUCGAGGCCAACGGGAGCCACGUCCCCCACACUUCCAGCGUGUUCUCUAUCGAGGUCUACCCUGAAGACCACAGCGAGCCGCAGUCGGUGAGGGCGGCCUCACCGGACCCCGGCGAGGUGGUGUCCUCGGUCUGUGCUGCCGAUGAGCCCGUGACCGUCCUGACAGUCAUUCUGGAUGCUGACCUCACCAAGAUGACCCCAAAGCAAAGGAUCGACCUGCUGCACCGGAUGCGGGGCUUCUCCGAAGUGGAGCUGCACAACAUGAAGCUGGUGCCCGUGGUGAACAACAGGCUGUUUGACAUGUCGGCUUUCAUGGCAGGCCCAGGCAAUGCAAAGAAGGUGGUGGAGAAUGGGGCCCUACUCUCCUGGAAGCUGGGCUGCGCCCUGAACCAGAAUAGUGUGCCUGACAUUCGUGGCGUGGAGGUCCCUGCCAGGGAGGGUGCCAUGUCUGCCCAGCUCGGGUACCCCGUGGUGGGCUGGCACAUCGCCAACAAGAAACCCCCUCUCCCCAAACGCAUCCGGAGGCAGAUUCAUGCCACACCCACGCCUGUCACGGCCAUUGGGCCCCCCACCACAGCCAUCCAAGAGCCACCGUCCAGAAUUGUGCCCACCCCCACAUCUCCAGCCAUUGCUCCUCCAACUGAGACCAUGGCUCCUCCGGUCAGGGACCCUGUUCCUGGGAGGCCCACAGUCACCAUUCGGACUCGAGGUGCCAUUAUUCAGACCCCAACCCUUGGCCCCAUCCAGCCUACUCGGGUGUCAGAAGCUGGCACCACAGUUCCUGGCCAGAUCCGCCCAACAAUGACCAUUCCUGGCUAUGUGGAGCCCACGGCAGUCAUCACCCCUCCCACGACAACCACCAAGAAGCCACGAGUGUCUACACCCAGACCGGCCACACCUUCUACUGACUCCUCCACCACCACCACUCGAAGGCCGACCAAGAAGCCGCGGACACCCCGACCGGUGCCCCGGGGCACCACCAAGGCACCCAUCACCAGACUGGAAACUGCCUCCCCGCCGACGCGCAUCCGCACCACCACCAGCGGGGUGCCCCGCGGAGGGGAGCCCAACCAGCGGCCGGAGCUCAAGAACCACAUCGACAGGGUGGACGCCUGGGUCGGCACCUACUUUGAGGUGAAGAUCCCGUCGGACACCUUCUACGACAAUGAGGACACCACCACUGAUAAGCUGAAGCUGACCCUGAAGCUUCGGGAGCAGCAGCUGGUAGGCGAGAAGUCGUGGGUGCAGUUCAACAGCAACAGCCAGCUCAUGUAUGGCCUGCCAGACAGCAGCCACGUGGGCAAGCACGAGUACUUCAUGCACGCCACAGACAAGGGGGGCCUGUCGGCGGUGGACGCCUUUGAGAUCCAUGUCCACAAGCGCCCGCAAGGGGACAAGGCUCCUGCACGCUUCAAGGCCAAGUUGACAGGUGACCCCGCAGCCGUGACGAACGACAUUCACAAGAAGAUUGCCCUGGUGAAGAAGCUGGCCUUUGCCUUCGGGGACCGCAACUGCAGUACCAUUACCCUGCAGAACAUCACCCGGGGCUCCAUCGUGGUGGAGUGGACCAACAAUACCCUGCCCCUGGAGCCCUGCCCCAAGGAGCAGAUCAUGGCGCUGAGCCGGAGGAUCGCCGAGGAUGACGGGAAGCCUCGAGCUGCCUUCGCCAACGCACUGGAGCCCGACUUUCAGGCCAUGAGCAUCGCAGUGACGGGUUCCGGCAGCUGCCGGCAUCUCCAGUUUGUCCCAGUGGCGCCACCCAGGAGGGUGCCCUCAGAGGCACCAGCCACGGAUGUGCCAGACCGGGACCCUGAGAAGAGCAGCGAGGACGACGUGUACUUGCACACGGUCAUCCCAGCCGUGGUGGUGGCGGCCAUCCUGCUCAUCGCAGGCAUCAUUGCCAUGAUCUGCUACCGCAAGAAGCGGAAGGGCAAGCUCACCCUGGAGGACCAAGCCACCUUCAUCAAGAAGGGGGUGCCCAUCAUCUUUGCGGACGAGCUGGAUGACUCCAAGCCCCCGCCCUCCUCCAGCAUGCCGCUGAUCCUGCAGGAGGAGAAAGCCCCCCUCCCCCCUCCCGAGUACCCCAACCAGAGCGUGCCCGAGACCACUCCCCUGAACCAGGACACCGUGGGAGAGUACGCGCCCCUGCGGGAUGAGGAUCCCAGCGCACCGCCCUACCAGCCCCCGCCGCCCUUCACAGCCCCCAUGGAGGGCAAGGGCUCCCGGCCCAAGAACAUGACCCCCUACCGGUCGCCCCCUCCCUAUGUGCCCCCUUAACCCACAAGCGCCUGGGUGGAGGUAGGGGUAGGGCAGGGCCCUGGAGAAAACACGGUGUUGUCUGUGGAGACCGGUGGCCUGCAGACCAUCGCCCACUGGGAGCCGACACCUGACCUAGCACACACUGACACACACACGGGGCCUGGACAAGCCCGCCCUCUCCGGUCCUCCUAAACCCCAAAGCCGCUGGAGAGACUUUGGGGACAUUUUUUUUUCCUUUUACUUUUUGCCUAACAGCUUCUUGUUUGUUCAUAGAAAAUCCUUCGCUGCGUUUGUCGAAGGCUGGCUGGCUCUGAAAGCACCGUUUGGGGUAGAGGUAGAUGGAGGGAGCGAGGAACCGUGAACGAGCCCGCAGGCAGUGCUGGGCGGCCUCCUGGCGGCUCUCUGCGUUUUGCCUUUAACACUAACUGUACUGUUUUUUUCUAUUCACGUGUGUCUAGCUGCAGGAUGUAACAUGGAAAACAGUAGCUAAAGAUUAAAUUCAAAGGACUUUCAGACGUUAAGGUUAAGUUUUUACAUUUAAUCUGCUGUUUACCUAAACUUGUAUGUAUCAUUUGGGGGUGGGUAUGGGAAAUUGCUUUGCUAAAAAUAAGCUCCCAGGGUGUUUCAAACUUAGAGAAGACCAAGGGACAGUAUUUUUUAUCAAAGGAAUCCUAUUUUUUCACACUACGUAAACUUGGUUGCUCUGAUACCCCAGAGAGCCCGCCUGGGGGCCUCCUGGCCCUGGCUCAGGGGCCAGGGCCCUGGUGCUGGGCUUGCUGUCCCACUGUUGCCAGGGGCUGGAAGCUGGAGGGGGCCUCUUAGGCCAAGGACAUCCACACCCCCCACCCCAUGCACGCUAGCGGCCCACCACCAAGGGGUCUUCAUUUCCAUGGAAAGGGGACUCCGAGAGGCGGCGGUGGCCGUGGCCCCCAACCUAGGUGCUCCAGGGUGGGCCAGCUGCUCGUGGGGACGGCUGGGGAGGUCGAGGAACUCGACCACAUCAAUCUGUUUUCUUUUAUCCUUCUUCUGUGUGUGGUUCCCCCCCCUCCCCCUCCCCCUCCCCCCCCUGCCCCAAGGUAUAUCAUGGUUUUUGAAACACUCAGUGGGGGACAUUUUGGUGAAGAUGCAAUAUUUUUAUGUCAUGUGAUGCUCUUUCCUCACUUGACCUUGGCCACUUUGUCCCAGCAGUCCACAGCCCCACCCUGACCCACAUCACCCCCUUCUCUGGCGCUCCAGUCCCAGGCCUCGGGCCUGAACAGCUGGGCAAGGUCUGGUGGCUGGGAAGGAGUGCCAGCAAUAGUUCAUAGUAAAAAAUCUGUGGGCUCUCGAAGCUAAUUUUUUACUAAAGUUUUUAUACAGCCUCAAAUUGUUUUAUUAAAAAAAAAAGAUUAAAAACGGUGAUGCUUACAGCAGUUUGUACAAGCUCUUAGUGUUGAUUCCAUGGGACUGACGGCUUUGCUCAUUUUGAUUUUUUUCCCCACCCCUUCUUUUCCUAAUGGUUUAAAUUCCAGAAUUACACUGGGGCUCCUUUUGCCUUUUUUAGCAGAACGUCCAUCCAUCCAUCCGCAUCUCUGUCCUGUGACUCAGGGGCACCCACUCAGUUUUGAUUCUCCUCCUUUGGAAGAAACUGUUUUGAGCAGGACUUCUUGAUGUCUGAGUUAUUUUGGGUACCUUUUAGGGAGGAAUGCCUUUUGCAAUAAUGUGUCCCUUCCGUGAUCAAGGGCGGGUGGGUGGACCCAGGCUCCCAGUGCACGUCAAGCAGCCACUUCUAAGCCAUAUUGACCGUUUUGCAGAGGAUUCGCGUGUGCUGCCUCAGGACGGGAGGGAUGGUCAGAGUGGAGGGGUCUUCACUCUGCCCUUCUCUGGAGGGCGUUCCCCUGUGCACCUCCUCCCACAGGGCCCAGCCUUUCUCUGCUGCCUGGCCCACCGGUGGGGUGAGCGGUGCCCCCCGGUGGGCGGAGCCUGUAGUGAGGGCUCGGUGGACCUGUGGUGACUGGCCCUUGUGCCUCCAUGUCUUGAUCCAAGCUGGAGUUCCCCCAGUGCCCCAGAGUCAGGAGCGCAAGCUGGGUCUGACCUGGUGGGAUGAUUUUUUUUUUUGAUGACCUCGCCAAAAAGAUAAACAAUUUCCAGUGUUCCAGGUGAGGGCUUUGAAAGGCCUUCCAAAUAAGCUCCGUUGCCCCUAGCAACCCCACCAUUGGGCAUUGCCAUGCAGAGCCGUGGCUGGCCCAGAAUGGCCUGUUGCCAUAGCAACAGGAGGCAAUGGGGCAGUGAACAGAAUAACAACAGCAACAAUGCCCUUGCAGGCAGCCUCCUCCCCUGAGCGCCUGGCUGGCAAUGGUCUUUGGACUCUGUGAGACAGAGAGCCAAUCUCACAUUCAAGUGUUCACCAACCACUGACGUGUUUUUAUUUCCUUCUAUAUGAUUUUAAGAUGUGUUUUCUGCAUUCUGUAUAGAAACAUAUCGAACUAAAUAAAAGCAGUGUCUUUAUUACAAUG